AUGAAGGUUGCAGAAGGACUUGAACUUGGAGCUGUUGCUCUGCUCUGAGGAUCACUACAAGGAGGAAUCCUCUUGAAUCUUGUCACUCUUUCCACAGGUCCUACUUGCUCCAUGUUACCAGAGAAUCCACUUUCCCCCCAAAACCUGAGUUCUCAGCCUUGUCUCAAGAUGGAAGGAGACAAAUCGCUCACCUUUUCCAGCUACGGGCUGCAAUGGUGUCUCCACGAGCUAGACAAGGAAGAAUUUCAGAUAUUUAAGGAAUUACUAAAGAAGAAAUCUUCAGAAUCGACCACAUGCUCUAUUCCACAGUUCGAAAUCGAGAACGCCAACGUGGAAUGCCUGGCACUCCUCUUGCAUGAGUAUUACGGAGCGUCGCUCGCCUGGGCUACGUCCAUUAGCAUCUUUGAAAAUAUGAACCUGCCAACCCUCUCAGAGAAAGCAAGGGAUGACAUGAAAAGUAAGUGAGACUUGGGGCAAGUCCAGGGCAGGGAAGGUGAUUUCAGGACUGAGGUUCCAGGAAUUUCACAAGCUAAGCGACAAGAGAGUGCCACAGCGGCAGAGACAAAAGAACAAGAAAUUUCACAAGCUAUGGAACAAGAAGGUGCCACAGCAGCCGAGACAGAAGCACAAGAAAUUUCACAAGCUAUGGAACAAGAAGGUGCCACAGCAGCCGAGACAGAAGAACAAGAAUGUGGAGGUGACAAAUGGGACUACAAGAGUCACGUGGUGACCAAAUUCGCCGUGAAGGAGGAUGUACGUCGUGGUUUUGAAAAAACUGCUGACUGGCCAGAAAUGCAAAUGUUGGCUGGUGCUUUUAAUUCAGACCAAUGGGGCUUCCGGCCUCACACGGUGGUUCUACACGGAAAGUCAGGAAUUGGGAAAUCGGCUCUGGCCAGAAGGAUCGUACUGUGCUGGGCACAAGGUGGACUCUACCAGGGAAUGUUCUCCUACGUCUUCUUCCUCCCCGUUAGAGAGAUACAGCAGAAGAAGGAGAGCAGUGUCGCAGAGUUCAUCUCCAGGGAAUGGCCAGACGCCCAGGCUCCAGUGACGGAGAUCAUGUCCCGACCGGAAAGGCUGUUGUUCAUCAUUGAUGGUUUCGAUGACCUGGGCUCUGUCCUCAACAGUGAUACGAAGCUCUGCAAAGACUGGGCUGAGAAGCAGCCCCCAUUCAUCCUCAUCCAGAGUCUGCUGAGGAAAGUCCUGCUCCCUGAGUCCUUCCUGAUGGUCACCGUCAGAGACGUGGGCAUAGAGAAGCUCAAGUCGGAGGUCGUGUCUCCCCGUUACCUGUUUGUUAGAGGAAUCACCGCAGAACAAAGAAUCCACUUGCUCCUCGAGCGCGGGAUCGGUGAGCAUCAGAAGACGCAAGGGUUGUGUGCGAUAAUGAACAACCGUAAGCUGUUCGACCAGUGUCAGGUCCCUGCCGUGGGCUCUCUGAUCUGCGUGGCUCUGCAGCUGCAGGACGUGGUGGGGGAGAGCAUCGCCCCCUUCGGCCAAACGCUCACAGGCUUGUACGCCGCUUUUGUGUUUCAUCAGCUCACCCCUCGAGGCGUGGCCCGGCGCUGCCUCAAUCUGGAGGAGAGAGUUGUCCUGAAGCGUUUCUGCCGCAUGGCUGUGGAGGGAGUGUGGAACAUGAAGUCUGUGUUUGAUGGUGACGACCUCAUGGUUCACGGACUCGGGGAGUCUGAACUCCGUACUCUGUUUCACAUGAAUAUCCUUCUCCGAGACAGCCACUGCGAGGAGUUCUACACCUUCUUCCACCUCAGUCUCCAGGACUUCUGUGCCGCCUUGUACUACGUGUUAGAGGGGCUGGAGAUCGAGCCAGCUCUCUGCCCUCUGUUCAUUGAGAAGACGAAGAAGUCCAUGGAGCUUCAACAAGCAGGCUUCCACAUCCACUUGCUUUGGAUGAAGCGUUUCUUGUUUGGCCUGGUGAGCGAAGACGUAAGGAGGCCACUGGAGGUCCUGCUGGGCUGUCCCGUUCCCCUGGGGGUGAAGCAGAAGCUUCUGCACUGGGUGUCUCUGUUGGGUCAGCAGCCCAAUGCCGCCGCCCCGGGAGACACCCUGGAUGCCUUCCGCUGUCUUUUCGAGACUCAAGACAAAGAGUUUGUUCGCUCGGCAUUAAACGGCUUCCAAGAAGUGUGGCUUCCGAUUAACCAGAACCUGGACUUGAUAGCAUCUUCCUUCUGCCUCCAGCACGGUCCGUAUCUGCGGAAAAUUCGGGUGGAUGUCAAAGGGAUCUUCCCAAGAGAUGAGUUAGCCGAGGCGUGGCCUGUGGUUCCUCAAUGGAUGCGGGGUAAGACCCUCAUGGAGGAUCAGUGGGAAGAUUUCUGCUCUGUGCUCAGCACCCACCCCCACCUGCGGCAGCUGGACCUGGGCAGCAGCAUCCUGACAGAGCGGGCCAUGAAGACCCUGUGUGCCAAGCUGAGGCAUCCCACCUGCAAGAUACAGACCCUGAGGUUUAGGAACGCGCAGAUUGCCUCUGGUCUGCAGCACCUCUGGAGAACCCUCAUUGCCAACCGUAACCUAAGAUCCCUCAAUUUGGGAGGCACCCACCUGAAGGAAGAGGAUGUAAGGAUGGCGUGUGAAGCCUUAAAACACCCAAAAUGUUUGUUGGAGUCUUUGAGGCUGGAUCGCUGUGGAUUGACCCACGCCUGUUACCUGAAGAUCUCCCAAAUCCUUACGACCUCUCCCAGCCUGAAGUCUCUGAGCCUGGCAGGAAACAAGGUGACAGACCAGGGAGUGACACCUCUCAGUGAUGCCUUGAGGGUCUCCCAGUGCGCCCUGCAGAAGCUGACACUGGAGGACUGUGGCAUCACGGCCACAGGUUGCCAGAGUCUGGCCUCAGCCCUCGUCAGCAACCGGAGCUUGACACACCUGUGCCUAUCCAACAACGACCUGGGGAACGAAGGUGUGAAUCUGCUGUGUCGAUCUAUGAGGCUUCCCCACUGUCGUCUGCGGAGGCUGAUGCUGAAUCGGUGCAACCUGGACACGGCUGGCUGUGGUUUUCUUGCACUUGCGCUGAUGGGUAACGCGUGGCUGACGCACCUGAGCCUUAGCGUGAACCCUGUGGAAGACAACGGCAUGAAGCUUCUGUGCGAGGUCAUGAGAGAACCAUCUUGUCAUCUCCAGGACCUGGAGUUGGUGAAGUGUCAUCUCACCGCCGCGUGCUGUGAGAGUCUGUCCUGUGUGAUCUCAAGGAGCAGACACCUGCAGAGCCUGGACCUCACGGACAACGCCCUGGGUGACGGUGGGGUCGCUGCGCUGUGCGAGGGACUGAAGCAAAAGAAGAGCGUUCUGACCAGACUCGGGGAAGGAAUGAUGAAGCUGUGUUCGGCCUUUGCCUGUCCCACGUCUAACCUACAAAUAAUUGGGCUGUGGAAAUGGCAGUACCCUGUGCAAAUAAAGAAGCUGCUGGAGGAAGUGCAGCUGCUCAAGCCCCAAAUCAUAAUUGAUGGUAGUUGGCAUUCUUUUGAUGAAGAUGACCGGUACUGGUGGAAAAACUGAAGAUACGGAAACCUGCCCCACUCACACCCAUCUAAUGGAGGAACUUUAAAUGUUGUUUUCUCAGAGCAAGCCAUGCCCCUGGGAGUUCCUUCUCAAAGAUGGAGAAUGAUUUCUGAUUCUUAUGAAGCCCUCAAUGGUAGUGAUUCUUUGUUCAAUAUACCUUGGUUACUGGAUUUGAAGGCUGGAGACCUUCAAGUCAUAGGACUGAGUAUCUGUGAAAUGUCAGUCCUACCUCAGAGCAUACAGAGGGAAUGAAAUAAACACAGAGCAUUUGGAAAAG